GCCGAGCGGAUUGGAGCGGCGGAGAGUGCGUGGCCGCCGGGACCCCGAAGUGCAGAGCGCUGAGCCCCCAGCCAGAGGGCUGAGCCCGGCUGCCGGCUCGGCACAGCGCUCCUGCCCCCUACGCGGCCGGCGGGCCAUGGAGGCGUCCCGGGGUCGGGGCGGGCUGGCCGCGCUGUGGUGCCUCGGGCUGCUGGGGGGCCUGGCGCGGGUCGCGGGCACGCACUACCGCUACCUCUGGAGGGGCUGCUAUCCGUGCCACCUGGGCCAGCCGGGCUACCCCGUGAGCGCCGGUGACCAGAGGCCAGACGUGGACGAGUGCCUCGCGCACAAUGGGGGCUGCCAGCACAGGUGCGUGAACACCCCAGGCUCCUACCUCUGCGAGUGCAAGCCCGGCUUCCGGCUCCACACGGACGGCAGGACCUGCCUGGCCCUCAACUCCUGUGCCCUGGGCAACGGCGGCUGCCAGCACCAGUGCGUCCAGCUCACGGCCACGCGGCACCGCUGCCAGUGCUGGCCCGAGUUCCAGCUCCAGCAGGACGGGAGGCGCUGCGUCCGGAGAAGCCCGUGUGCGGACGGGAACGGCGGCUGUAUGCACACGUGCCGGGUGUUCCGGGGCCUCGCGCACUGUGCGUGCCACGCGGGCUACCAGCUGGCCGCGGACCGCAAGGCCUGUGAAGACGUGGACGAGUGUGCCUCCGGGCUGGCCCGGUGUGCGCACGGCUGCCUCAACACCGCAGGGUCCUUUAAGUGUGUGUGCCACGCAGGCUACGAGCUGGGAGCUGACGGCCGGCAGUGCUACCGGAUCGAGAUGGAGAUCGUGAACAGCUGUGAGACCGGCAACGGCGGCUGCUCCCACGGCUGCAGCCACAGCAGCGCAGGGCCACUGUGCACCUGCCCCCGGGGCUACGAGCUGGACCAGGACCAGAAGACCUGCGUCGACAUCGACGACUGUGCCGCCUCCCCGUGCUGCCAGCAGGUGUGCACCAACAGCCCCGGCGGGUACGAGUGUGGCUGCUACGCCGGCUACCGGCUCGGCUCUGAUGGCUGCAGCUGUGAGGACGUGGACGAAUGCGUCACCGGCCGUGGUGGCUGUGAGCAGCACUGUGCCAACCUGGCCGGCUCCUUCCGGUGCUCCUGCGAGGCUGGCUUCCAGCUGGACGAGGACCGCAGAGGCUGCACCCCCCUGGAGGAGGCCGGGCUGGACCUGGAUGGCCGGCUGCCCUUGGUGCGACCCCUGCCCCACGUCGCGGGGCUGGCGGACGAGCUGCUGCAGCUGUUCCAAGACGACUACGCGGGCGCCGAGGAGGAGGCCGAGCUGUGGGGCGAGCACACCCUGGCGGAGAAGUUCGUCUGCCUGGGCGACUCCUUCGGCCCCGAUUGCAGCUUGACCUGCGAGGACUGCAGCCACGGGGCCACCUGCCUCCCGGGCCUGCGCGGCUGCGACUGCCCCGAGGGCUGGACCGGGCUGGUCUGCAACGAGACUUGUCCUCCGGGCACCUUCGGGAAGAACUGCAGCUCCUCCUGCAGCUGCCACAACGGCGGGACCUGCGACCCCGUGACGGGCGCCUGCCACUGCCCGCCGGGGGUCAGCGGAGCCCACUGCGAGGAUGGCUGCCCCAAGGGCUUCUACGGCAAGCACUGUCGCAAGAAAUGCCACUGUGCCAACCGGGGCCGGUGCCACCGCCUCUAUGGGGCCUGCCUCUGCGAGCCGGGGCUCUAUGGCCGCUUCUGCCACCUCGCCUGUCCGCCCUGGGCCUUCGGGCCCGGCUGCUCCGAGGAGUGCCAGUGCGAGCAGCGCCACACACAGUCCUGCGACCCCCGGGACGGCAGCUGCUCCUGCAAGGCCGGCUUCCGGGGCGAGCGGUGCCAGGCAGAGUGCCAGCCGGGCUCCUUCGGGCCGGGGUGCCGGCAGGUGUGCACCUGCCCUCCGGGCGUGGCCUGUGACCCUGUGAGCGGCGAGUGUCGGAGGCAGUGUCCCCCUGGCUACCAGGGGGAGGACUGUGGCCAAGAGUGCCCGGCGGGGACCUUUGGUGGGAACUGCUCAGGCUCCUGCUCCUGUGGGGGGGCCCCGUGCCACCCGGUCACGGGGCAGUGCCAGUGUCCGCCGGGCAAGGCUGGAGAGGACUGUGGGGCAGAUUGUCCCGAGGGUCGCUGGGGGCUUGGCUGCCAGCAGAUCUGCCCCCCGUGCGAGCACGGCGCCAGCUGCGACCCUGAGACCGGAGCCUGCCUGUGCCGGCCCGGCUUCGUCGGCAGCCGCUGUCAGGACGCGUGCCCAGCAGGCUGGUUUGGGGCCGGCUGCCAGACGAGGUGCUCUUGUGCCAACGACGGCCACUGCCACCCGGCCACCGGCCACUGCAGCUGUGCCCCUGGCUGGACCGGCCGCAGCUGCGAGCGAGCCUGUGCCAGCGGGCACUGGGGGCCGGACUGCAGCUACGCGUGCAACUGCAGCGCCGGCCACACGGGCUGCGACGCCGUCAGUGGCCGGUGCCUGUGCGAGGCCGGCUACGUGGGCCCGCGGUGCGAGCAGCGGUGUCCCCAGGGCUCCUUCGGGCCCGGCUGUGGGCAACGGUGCCGCUGUGAGCACGGGGCAGCCUGCGACCACGUCAGCGGGGCCUGCACCUGCCAGCCCGGCUGGAGGGGCAGCUUCUGCGAGCGUGCCUGCCCACCUGGCUUCUUCGGGCUGGAUUGCCACAACCCUUGUAACUGCACCGCUGGCGCCCCCUGCGACCCCGUGAGCGGCCUUUGCGCCUGCCCCGCAGGCCGGCGGGGUCCCCGCUGCUCCCAGACCUGCCCAGCCUUCACCUACGGGCACAACUGCAGCCAAGCCUGUGCCUGCUUCAACGGGGCCUCCUGUGACCCUGUCCACGGGCAGUGCCGCUGUGCCCCCGGCUGGAUGGGGCCCGCCUGCCUACAGGCCUGCCCCGCCGGCCUGUACGGUGAGAACUGUGGACAGGCCUGCCUCUGCCAGAAUGGAGGAAGCUGUGACCCUGCCUCAGGCCACUGCACCUGCCCCGAGGGCUGGGCCGGCCCGGCCUGUGAACACGAGUGCCUCCCGGGCCACUUCGGAGCCGGCUGCCGGCACAGCUGUAGCUGCCUGAACGGGGGCCUCUGUGACCGGAUCACGGGCCGCUGCCUCUGCCCCGCUGGCUGGACCGGGCACCGAUGCCAGAGCCCCUGCGCCGAGGGCACGUUUGGGGUUCGCUGUGAGGAACGCUGCACCUGUCGGCGGGGGGCCACGUGCCACCACGUCACAGGGACCUGCCACUGCCCCCCAGGAUGGCGGGGCCCGCGGUGUGAGGACGCCUGCGCCAGAGGCUGGUUCGGAGUGGCCUGUGCCCAGCGCUGCCGCUGCCCGCCAGGUGCCGCCUGCCACCAUGUCACCGGGGAGUGUCGCUGUCCACCUGGUGUCACCGGCCCUGGCUGCGAGCGGGCCUGCACUUCCGGCACAUUUGGGGAAGACUGCCGGCACACGUGCCAGUGUCCUGGAGAGAACCAGGCCUGCCACCCGGCCACGGGGGCCUGCACCUGCACCGCCGGCUACCACGGCCCCAGCUGCCAGCACCGAUGCCCGCCCGGGCGCUACGGGCCAGACUGCAUGCAGCUCUGUGGGUGCCUGAACGGGGGCUCCUGCGAUGCGGCCACAGGGGCCUGCCUCUGCCCCGCCGGGUUCCUGGGCACGGACUGCAGCCUCACGUGUCCCCAAGGCCGCUGGGGUCCCAGCUGUGCCCACGUGUGCCAGUGUGGGCCGGGUGCGGCCUGCGACCCUGUGACCGGCGCCUGCGUCUGCCCCCCAGGGAGGGCCGGCAUCCACUGUGAGCAGGACUGCCCCCAGAACCGGUUUGGCAUGGGCUGUGAGCACCAGUGCACCUGCGGAAAUGGGGGCCUGUGCCACCCCACCGACGGCCGCUGCUCCUGUGGCCUGGGCUGGACAGGGCCGCGCUGUGAGCUGGCCUGCCCCCCGGGGCGCUAUGGCGCCGCCUGCCGCCUGGAGUGCACCUGUCAGAACAACGGCACCUGCGAGCCCACCACGGGCGCCUGCCGCUGUGGCCCUGGCUUCUACGGCCAGGCCUGCGAGCACACCUGUCCCCCCGGCUUCCACGGAGCUGACUGCCGGGGGGUCUGUGGAUGUCAUCACGGAGCCGCCUGUGACCCCGCCAGCGGCCGGUGCCUGUGCCCCGCCGGCUCCCGCGGCCAGUUCUGUGAGAGGGGGUGCGAGCCAGGCUCCUUCGGAGAGGGCUGCCGCCAGCAGUGCGACUGUGCCGGGGGUGUCCCCUGCCACCCCGCCACCGGCCUCUGCCUCUGCCCACCGGGGCGCACGGGAGCCACCUGUGACCGGGACUGCGCCAGGGGCCGCUUUGGGCCCGGCUGUGCCCUGCGCUGUGACUGCGGGGGCGGGGCUGAGUGCGACCCCAUCAGCGGGCGGUGCCACUGCGCGGACGGCGACACGGGGCCCUCGUGCCGGGAAGAGGCCACACUGCCAGGCUCCAGCAGAGCCACGCCCAGGCCCAGCGGUGGGACCUCAAAGCACCAACCCAGAGGCCGCCCCACCCCGCAGGGCCCCAGCCAAGGGGCCUCAGCCUUUGGCGACAACUGAGGAGGGACCCCGCGUGCCCCUGUGUGCGCAGGGCGUGGGUGGACCGUGGACAGCUGUGCGGCCGGGAGGAGAGGCCCUGCCUGGCCCAGCUCUGGAGCCCCGCUGGGCCUCGGGCUGCGUGGCCCUGGCUGGGACUGAGAGCAGGUUCCUCUGGUGCUAGGCCCUGGACGUCUGCAGCCCCGUCCACCCGGCCCGUAUUUAUGUAAACAUUUUUCUGCCCCUGCAGCCCAUCGCCCCUGCAGGGCUGGCUCAGGUACUGUAGCAAACCCUGAGACUUAAAGGAGUGGUGGCUUUGGUG